GCGCCUUUCAGUUCUCACUCUUCUCCCGACGUCCGACCAUCUGCUACCUCAUCACACCUCUCUCCGCGCAUUCACCACACUUCGGACAAUUUUCUUUACAAUAUUGCUUAAACCACCAUGGCUGAUACCGCAGUUGAUACGACCACCGCUCCCGAGAUCACCGCAAAGGAACUGAAAGAAAUGAAAGAGGUAGUUGAAGAGAAAGAGGAGGCUGCGAAGGAAAACGGCAGUGAAGAAGCACCUGCCAAUGGAAAUGGAACAACUAAUGGUGAUUCACAUAAAGAAGAAACCAAGGAUGACGAAGAGGGUGGUGAGGAUAAAGAGGCAGGAGAGGAGGAGGAGGAGGAGGAGGAUAAUGGUGCUGAAGAAGAGGCAAAUGAACAUCCUGUGAAACGUCCAGCAGAAGAGGAGGAGGCAGUCGAAACAAAGAAACAGAAGACAGAGGAGAACGGCGACUCCACAGAGGCUGAAGUCAAAGCUUAAGAGUUCUCGCUGCCCUUCAGUAGCUCGGUCUGACCUUGUAGAGUUUGUGCUUUUCUGUAUAUUUCCGACAUUAUUCUGCCGCUACAAGACCUUUUUAUUGCACUAAGGGCCCAUAACAUCAUGACCCGUCCCCUUUUGUAAGACCUUAUUUAUUGGUGUAGGACCAAACGUUUUAGGACCCUGUAUUAGAAGAAACGUUAAAAAGUUUUAUUUUAAGCACAUGUCUCAACAAGCACACAUUCUACUCUGUUAUUUGACCAGCUGAUGUAAACACAAGCAACUGAAAGUCUAAGGUUCUGUCAUUUUCAAGGGUGACAUUUCUUAUCCAGUAAAGACCAAAGAUACGUUUUAAGCAGGGGCUAAUAGACAACGUUUAACCUGAUUGUGCUGCUAGAAUUGAAUCCCUCGCUUUGGCAGAUCAGUUAACAGAACAGAUGGCUCAUACGAAUGAGAGGGUUUCCUUUUUCCUUUUCUGGCCUCUGACAUGUUAAUUAACCCCUUUUUAAAUAAGUUUGGUCUUUUGUUCCAUAUGCAUUUAAAAGGAUUGCAUUGUUCUAUCCUUAUGUACAGUUUGGGGUUUUUUGUUUUAUCAUUGUGUUUAAUAUGGGAAGUGCAGAAUGAUAGCAAUCUAUAAUAGAACUGUAUGCUGGUACUGGUGUUCUUACAGUCCUUAAAGCAAAUCCAUAUUUUUUUUUAAUGUUUUUUGGUUGCUUUAUGACCACUGCUUUGUAUAGUUUGGUUCAGGAUUAUAAAUAAAACCAGUCUUGUCUUUUUAAA